CAGCUCAACAUCUAAAUCCCAAACCAGAAUUCAAUGAUACAAUAUCAACGUUUGUGAAGUUUGCAUUAGCUAUCAAUAAGUCCUAUGAUAGUGAACUAGAAAACAAAAGCUCUGAAAUUUAUAUAAAUUAUUCCACACAAGUCACAAAAACUCUGACGACGAAAUUUCAAAAGGCUACCAAUAUAAGUAAUAUUAAUGUUACAAUCAAUGGUUUCAGCAAUGGAAGUUUGAUCGUCAAUUAUACAGUAUUUGUGCCAAAAACACCUGGCAACCAAAAAUAUCUUGUUGAGCUUGAUGGCAAUCUUAAGAAGGCUGCAUACAACUGGUUCAAUAACACAGUACUUGGUGGACAUGUCAACUAUAUGGAAACGAAACGGCUAAACCGUAAUCAAAGGACAUUGCUGGAGUCGGUUUGCAAUUGCCCAGGAAGUAAGCUGACAUGCGUUGUUGUAGAAGGCAACCUCACAUGCAAACAAAAAUACGACGCGUUCACUCCAUGUGGUGAUAAUGGGAAAUGUCUAAUCAACAAGCACACAAACAAAUCUUAUUGUCAUUGCAUAUCGAAUGGCACCACUGUGUACUAUGGCGAAACCUGUGAUAAAACGUUUCAACUUCAAUCGACAUCGACACCGGUGGUUACACCUACUGCAACUCAUUCACAACCGACUUCGGAUCCUAUUUCCCUCAGUAAAAUGACGAUAAUAGCAAUAGCCGGUGGAGCAGGAGGCGGUUUAUUACUGAUCCUGAUCAUCACGAUCGCAUGUGUUUGCUACCGAUCGCAAAAUAGAAAAAGACAUGGGUCCUUCUGUGAUACUUCUUCCAAGUGUAACAGUGAAGUUAUUCGAGAUAACAAAAAGAUGGAAAGAAUACCGCUCGAAAUUGAAAAAACAAAACCAAUGCACAUGAACAAUAGAACAGAAACUGGAAUGGGCUACCAUUCGGAACCGCAACAUGAGUCAGGUAAAAUAAACCCCCUAUUUCAAGACGACAGAGAAGAGAUGCGUACCCGUUAUCAACCCGAACCCCGGCUACAGGAUCACGACAGAUCGUCUCCUGGAUCGAUGAACCUCCAAACGUUUCCCGACAGACCCCGGGCCGAGUCCGUGGAAAGGUUCGGACAACCAACGAGAUAUGGUCCUUCCUACGCGUCCGAGGAUCCCUACCGGCGACAGUUCCAAAAUGGCCACCAAAGCGGACCGGAGGGUGAUUACCGACGACAAAACCAAAGAAACGACAUAGAUGAUCAGAGAAGGAGGUCGGAGGAAACGAGUAUCUCUGAUGAAAGAUAUGUGUACCUCGAAGGAAAGAGCGGGGAUAGACGAAUGUUUAAAAGAGUAGAUGAUGAAAAAUUAGGAGGAAGCGCUCUAAUUUAUCAGCCAUCAAACAUUCCUCGUCCUUUUCAAAGAGAAAAUGUGGAAUCCGUAGGUGACAACUUCUCUAUGCAUCCUAUUCCUUCGCGUGGUUCUGAAAGUCAAAGGUCAUCUAUCUAUAACACCAUUGAUACGGAGACGCCGUAUAAAAUCCAGCGACCGAAUUUCAAGCAGAAUAAUUUGUAUUAUUAAGCCAUUCCAUGUGUGGUCAGGACUAUUGGAAUACAGAAGGACUCAUUCAACCGGAUAUCCAUACAAUGUCAAAUUAUUUCAAUGAACUGCAAAUUCAUUUGGGUAUUUAUUCCCUUGGUACGGAAAUACAGGAGAAAAUGGGUAAUCGUAAAGAAAAAACAAAUCUACAGCCAGAAAAUCAUCAUCCUAUAAAUAUGCAUGUUGCUUUUAUCCCUAACCAAGAACAAUCAACAAUAUGAAUAUAAGCGAAUGAAUGAACACUAGAAUAUUAAUUUGUGCAUUAAUAGCAAACGUUUAUCUGACUUACGUUAUGAUUCUGUGAUUAACAUUAAAUGUAUAUUGUAAAAUCAAGUACGCCGGCAGAAUCUUACAUUUUCUGUGAGGUCCUUAUGGUUUAGGAUGCAUGCGUCCACAUAAUUGCUACUAGGUACGUCUUCCAGGUUGUCCUGGUUAUACAGCAAAUGUGCAGGAACCGUAUGAAAAUUUAACAACCACGAAAAUAAAGAUUUCGUUGGAUGAGAUGAUGCUACAUUUGUAAUUUUGUAUUACAUUUUGUAUUGUAUGUAAUAGCAUUAUAUGGAAAAUAAUGUAAUUAAUGAAAAGUAGCAAGACUUAGUUUUUAAUUAAAUAAUCCAUAAUGUACAUGUAAUUAUCAUCAUAGUAAAUGUAAACCUUUUUAAACCAUGUUGCUAUGUUUUAGUUAUCUAUAACUUUUUCAUCUUUGUCUAUAUUUUAAAAUUGCCUAUAUACAACAUCUUUAUCAUGUUUUUUAUACGUACAAGUGUAACAGCAAAAUGAUAUGCUUCGUUUAGUACACAUAGACAUGUCCGCCUUGGCACUUUUUAUCAGCAUGAGUUGCAUUUCAUUUCAAUUUUACCGAUCACUUUCUGAAGGAAAUUUCUCCGUUGUAUUAACUUUUUUCACAUGUUAGAUACGCUAGAACUACUGAAAUAUUGGCAAAGAGACCGAGAGACAUCCUUGUGUAAUAUUAAAAUAAUAUCACUCAAAUGAAGAUAGUUCGGAGAGUAAUUUGGGUUCCCAUAAAUUUUCUCUGCAUUCGCUGGUUGGGCUGGGAAGCACUACUUUUAUCUAUCGUAAUUCUAUAUUUGUUAUUGAUGAAUUGGAGCCCAACUUUGAUGUGAAUAUUUUCAUACUAAUUCACGGGAUAGAAAACAUAGCUGCCUUCUUAAAUCAACACAACAUCAUGCUCAUGGGAUGUACAUUCAAGUUUGUUAAAAAUCCUGUCCCACAUAUCAAGUAUGGGACGAUAUUAACAACCAGAUAUCUUUAGAAUUUCUUCUCAAUUGUAACGUGACUUUCAUAUGUAAGGAUUCUAGUAGUGUGCAGAUACCCAAUCAUAUUAUUCUGAGAAGAAAGAUACGAAUAUCAAAAUGUUAUUGCACUCUCAAUUAUUGAUGAUUUAUGACGUAGUGUGAUAGGAAUAUUCUUCUGUAGUUUGCAUUAAGGACAUCGUAAUCCAAACUGAUACCAUAGAGAUACAAUGUGAUAUCUGUCUCUGUAGUCAAAAUCAAGAUAUAUGUUGUUACCGUACAAUAUUUGUAUGUCUGUUACAAUACAAAUGUAAAGUAGUAUAGUUGACGGUGAUUCACAGGGUCUCUGCAAUGUAACACAAUGAGCUCAUCAGUGUUUCUUAUAUUAUAUAGUCAUCCUUCUGUGUGCAUUAAUGUGCUUAUUUGCAUGAAAUAAAUAUUCGCUUACGUUUA